UUCUUUCUCCUGGCUGAAGUAGGUUGCCAGCGGGAGGCGGCGGCUGCUCCUCCGCAGUGUUGGGAAGAUGGCGCCGCCGGUGACGGAGAGGGGGCUGAAGAGCGUGGUGUGGCAGAAGAUAAAAGCAACAGUGUUUGAUGACUGCAAGAAAGAAGGGGAAUGGAAGAUCAUGCUUUUAGAUGAAUUUACCACUAAGCUUUUGGCAUCGUGUUGCAAAAUGACAGAUCUUCUAGCAGAGGGUAUAACUGUUGUGGAGAAUAUUUAUAAGAAUCGAGAACCCGUCAGACAAAUGAAAGCUCUUUAUUUUAUCUCUCCAACACCAAAGUCUGUAGACUGUUUUUUACGUGAUUUUGCAAGUAAAUCCGAGAACAAAUACAAAGCAGCAUAUAUAUACUUCACGGACUUUUGCCCUGAUAGUCUCUUUAACAAAAUUAAGGUUUCUUGCUCCAAAUCAAUAAGAAGAUGUAAAGAAAUAAAUAUUUCCUUCAUUCCACUUGAGUCUCAGGUUUAUACUCUUGAUGUACCGGAUGCAUUCUAUUACUGUUACAGUCCAGACCCUAGUAAUGCAAAUGGAAAAGAUUCUGUUAUGGAAGCGAUGGCUACGCAGAUAGUUACAGUAUGUGCUACCCUGGAUGAAAACCCUGGAGUAAGAUAUAAAAGUAAACCUCUAGAUAACGCCAGUAAGCUUGCGCAGCUUGUUGAAAAAAAACUUGAAAACUACUACAAGAUUGAUGAAAAGAGCCUAAUAAAGGGUAAAACUCAUUCCCAGCUCAUAAUAAUUGAUCGUGGCUUUGAUCCUGUGUCCACUGUCCUGCAUGAACUGACCUUUCAGGCAAUGGCAUAUGAUCUACUGCCAAUUGAGAAUGAUACAUACAAAUACAAAACAGAUGGGAAAGAAAAGGAGGCUGUCCUUGAAGAAGAUGAUGACCUCUGGGUCAGAAUUCGACAUCGGCAUAUUGCAGUUGUAUUAGAGGAAAUUCCCAAACUAAUGAAGGAAAUUUCAUCAACAAAGAAAGCAACAGAAGGAAAGACAUCACUUAGUGCUCUUGCACAACUGAUGAAAAAGAUGCCCCACUUCCGUAAACAGAUUACUAAGCAAGUUGUCCAUCUUAACUUAGCAGAAGAUUGCAUGAAUAAAUUCAAGCCUAAUAUAGAAAAGCUCUGCAAAAGUGAACAG